GGUGACGCGCGCUUUACGUUUGUACGCACAUGACGUUACUUGAGCGUAGAGUAGGUUUACCAGGCAAGAAUUAUUAUUGACAGUUAAAGUACGAUUUAUGUAAAUCUUUGUUUGCAAACUGCAAUUAAAAGCAACGACUUAGAUUUAUUGUGCAAGUGUGAAUCUAGUUUGCAAAGUCCCUAAGUGCACUCUUUGUAAACAUGGUGCUGUCCCGGAAGAUUUGAGAGGGACUAAAGUGCAGAGAUGCUGCAGGAUCCAGCAGGUGUUUUUGUUGUGUUGUUUUGAUAGAAGAGCUGCAAUACUGAAGCUCACAGCAGCACGACCCAUUAAAGGAAAGCUAAUGUCUCACCUUGUCUAACAUGGAAUCGAAUGAGUUACUUGAGAAAAGGGAUCAAAUCCAGAGGGAGAUUUUGGCUCUUGAGAGUACUCUGGGUGCAGACAGCAGCAUUAUAAACCUUCUGUCAUCUGACAGCAGCAGUGAUGAUGAUAAAUCUGAUGACAGUGGACCUGAAGUUGAAGGAGUGGGGCGUGAUGACUUGGAGGCAGAGCGCCUGCGGAUACAGAGGGAGAUUGAAGAGUUAGAGAAUACACUUGGUGCUAAUGUAUUGGAAGAGAGUGAACAUGACACUGAUUCUAGAUAUGAAGACAGUGAUGAUGAUGAGUUGGAUCUUCCUCAAAAUGUGGAGACUUGCCUGCAGAUGAAUUUGGUCUAUCAGGAGGUGUUGAAAGAGAAACUAGCUGAGCUGGAACAACUCCUCAAUGAGAAUCAACAGCAGCAGAAAGAGAUUGAGGCCCAGAUCUCUGGCCCAAGCACUUCUAGCUCCUCCUUACCAGGAAUUCCCCCUCAGAAACAAUUUCUUGGAUACUUCAUGAAGCCUUACUUCAAAGACAAACUCACCGGUCUGGGCCCUCCAGCAAAUGAAGAAACCAAAACAAGGCUGAGUCAUGGUACCAGACCCAUUGAUGAGCUGAAAAUAAAAAGAUGGAACGGUUGGCAGAAAACUUUGCUGACCAAUGCAGUCGCCAAAGACACAAUGAAACGGAUGCUACAACCCAAAUUAUCCAAGCUGGACUAUCUGAGUGCCAAGAUGUCUAGAGCUGCUGAUGAGGGAAAAGAAGAGCUGAAAAAACAAAUAGAUUUAAUUGAGAAAGAAAUUGUAGAAAUAAGUGCCCUGAAAGACGAUCAGCUGCUGGGUAAUCUCCAUGAUGAUCAUGACUGGGAGAAAAUAUCAAAUAUUGACUUUGAAGCGUUGCGACAGGCUGAUGAUUUGAAAAGGUUCUGGCAGAACUAUUUACACCCCUCCAUUGACAAGUCAGUAUGGAAACGGGAUGAGAUUGUUAAACUGAAAGGAAUUGUAGAAGAGUACAAUUGCUGCCAUUGGGACAAAAUCGCAGAGGCUCUUGGGACAAACAGAACGGCUUUCAUGUGCUUCCAGACUUACCAGCGCUACAUUUCAAAGACCUUCAGAAGGAAAGAGUGGACAAAAGUGGAAGAUGAGAUCCUCAGAAAACUGGUUGAAAAAAUGAGAAUUGGCAACUUCAUUCCUUACAUACAGAUGUCAUACUUCAUGGAGGGCCGUGAUGGAUCACAGCUGGCAUAUCGCUGGACAUCCGUUUUGGAUCCUUCUUUAAAGAAAGGCCCCUGGUCCAAAGAGGAGGACCAAUUGUUGCGGAAUGCUGUCGCAAAAUAUGGCACCAAAGAAUGGGGGAAAAUCAGAUUGGAAGUGCCAGGCAGGACCGACGGUGCUUGUCGUGACAGGUAUUUGGAUUGUCUUCAGGAAAAUGUGAAAAAGGGGCCUUGGAGCAAAGAGGAGGUGGAACUACUAAAAGAAAAGGUUGAGAAAUAUGGCGUUGGCAAGUGGAGUAAGAUUGCCUCAGAGAUCCCAAACCGGAUUGACUGCCAAUGCCUACAUAAGUGGAAAUUACUUACACAAGCUAGUACGAGUAAAGAGCAUCAGAGUAAAGGCAUAAAAAGAAAAAGGAGGCCAACAACAGUGCCAGGAAAAAGACAAAAAGUAUUGAAAAAAAACAUUAAACAAGAGAUGAUCACCAGCUCCGAGGAUGAAAACCAGAUAAAUAAUAUGGACAGUGAUGUUGAAUCAGAUGUUCCCAAAGAUCUGGAAAUACCACAAAAUAUGGAAAUACCACGAAAGGACUACGUACAGCCAGAUAUGAAGGAAUGGAUACCUGUAAAUGCAAACACAGUGGUUCAUUCUCUAGGAGCUGUCAGGACUGUGUGGGUCUGUCCUCCUACCAUCGAGGAUGAGCUAGAGGAAUCCACUAAAAUCCUCGUCUUCAGCCGCAUUCGAUCACAGAAGAGCAAAUGUCCAAAAGUCAUGCUCGGUUUCGUGCGCAAUACUGUCCUGAACCGCUUUGGAAACGUGGAAAGAACUUAUGUAGGUUUAAAACCUACUGUCUUGCAGAGUCAGACUGACGAUGAGAAGGCCAUGCUCAAGGUGUCUCUGAGUGAUAUUAAACUCUUCCUACAGUGGAAAGGAGCAUCUGUUAUUAAGAAGGAGAAAAUGACAAGUCCAAUAAAUAUAAAGAAAAGAAGGCCGGUUCAGGACAUGGCUAGCCUUAAUAAUGACCUCCUUAAAGCCAUCACCCCGUGGAUUGGUAAUGUGAUCCUGCCUGCUCCAGCGAAUGAAGAUGCGUUUUGCACAGGUGAUAUUGUUGGAAUGAAAGCAGCAGACAUCACUCUUCCAAAAACAUCAGUGGUUUCAUUUUUCCUCAAAGCUUUUCAAAUAGAUAUCAAGGGUUGCAAGAUUGUCUUUGAAAUUCAGCAAAAGAUCGACAUUAAGAAGCCAAUUGCUCAAUCUAAAUCGAGAACAGUGUCAGCGAUGCUUAAGGAGGCAAAACAGAAAGCUGAGCACAAAAAACCUGCAGAACCUCCUCAACAUCCACCUCCCCUGCAGCCGGUUCUUCUUAACCUUCCCAAGCAGCCAGUCAUGCAGAUGACAACCCCUGCUUUGAUUCAUCCCAAAACUCUUGUCAUUACACAGCCAAACAAGCAGAGGGCAGUGCAGCCUUUAAUGCUUACGAAACAGAAAAUAUCUCUACUACCACAGUCACCACCACAAGCUAUAUCACAUAUUCCUCUACCUCUAAUACAGCAGACAGCACCUGCACAAGCUGUCAUGGCCUCAACCUCCAAAUCACCAAGUGUAGAGGUCUCAAACAGCGACAAAUCUACAAAACGCAUCCACAAACCUACUGAGAAAGUCCCAGCCCUAAUGGAAGAAGCUAAAGCUAAAGGUAGCAAAAAAAAGUCGCUGAAACGAAACCAAGGCAAACAGAAUGUUGUUUUUCAAACCAUUACUUUGCAGACGCAGCCAGUAAACUGGAUUCUUGCCCCCACCAAGUUGGUACAAGUAACCGGUCCACUUUCUGCUAAUAUCCCAAGCAACCAGACACUAACUGUGCCAAACAUUUCCCCCCUGAAUAGCAGUAUUCGUCCAUGUAUCUCAACCAAUCUAUACCCAUCAUCAUCUGCCCUGGUUGUUGCUUCUUCUUCUGUCAAUCCUGCCCUUAUAUGUUCUUCAGUCACUAAUGCCUCCAGAGAGACCUUAAAGACUUCCUCCUCUGUGAACAUUAGCCCCAAAGGCAUCCAGACGCCUCUUUCACCUACUUCGACCUUAGUACAGAGCAAAAGUGUGCUACAUAGUGUUCAGAUGUUAUCUCCAGCACCUAAAGAGGACCAGAAAGUUUCACACAUUGAAGCUAUGAAGAACUCCUCAGAUUCCUCUUCUGAUGAAUCCAUUGUAAAGCCAUAUCAGACAUCUACAUCAACUGGUUCCAGAGUAUCUCCUGCUGUUUUCAGUGUUCUUCCAGUUCCCUUGACUGUGGCACCUUUGGCUAAUGCACCAGUCGCAUCCAAGCCAACAAAUAAUGUUGCAGUGGCAAAGUCUCCUGGUGUUAAUGAAAAUGACUGCGUUCCUGUAAGAACUAUUCAGCUGCCAACAGUCAUCCAACAGAAAAGUUUGCCCGACACAAUAUUGAGCCCCCUUUCUACUUCUAGAAGACCGCUCCGACCAAUUGCUCCUUCACCUCAGUUUAUAGCUCAAUAUCCUAAUAUUGUGGCUCCAUUAGCUCAGAUUGUGGCUCUGUCACCUCAUAUUGUGGCUCCUUCACCUCGGAUUGUGGCUCCACCAACUCAGAUUGUUGCUCCCUCACCUCGGAUUGUGGCUGCACCAACUCAGAUUGUGGCUCCAUCACCUUGGAUUGUGGCUCCAUCCCCUCAGAUUGCAGCUCCACCACCUCAAAUUGUGGCUCCAUCAGAAGUACCUCAAAUCAUAACAUCAAGUGAACCAUUGAUCCCUCUUCCUGAUAUUCCCUCUGAUGUUGUUAGCUUUAAUCCCCACUUGAUAUUCCCUGAGCAGUCAUCUGAAGUAGAUGACUGGAUGAAUGGAAAAGGUGGAAUUCCACUACUUCAUUUAGAGAUGUCUUUGCCUUACCUUCCACCGUCUGCCGCCAGCAUCGAAACACUGACUUCUUUGCUCAAAGUUAAACAAUCUCUGCUUGCAGCUGCAGUGAAUAUCCUGCCAGAUGAAUAUCAAAAUUACAGAGAGGAAGAAGAUCAAGUAGCUGCCAUCCGCAAAAUGAUUGCUGAAAGGUUUGCCUCAAAUCCAGCGUACCUGCUUUUGAAGGCUCGUUUCUUGUCAUGCUUUACCUUACCAGCCCUUUUGGCCACUAUAAACCCUUCUGAGAAAUUUCAGUUGCCCACAGAUAACAAUGGUGAUGAUGCUGAGGUCUUGUAUUUACAAAAGAGAAAAAAAAGGAUUCAACCACCAGCUACAAGGGCUGAGCUUAACACAAAUGAAAACGAAGCAGCAGCAAAACAUUUCUCAGGAAUCGGGACAAAAAGAAAAGGAGUCGACAUUGAGUUCAUCAGCUGAAUGAAUGCCAGUAGCUUCAGAUUUUGUACAGUUCAAGAUUAAUGUAGAAAUGUGUACCACUACAAAAAAUUCAACGUUAGAGUUUAAGGGACCAGUCAGAUAUUCAUUGCACUCAUUUCUUUUACUCCAUCCAUAUGCUUUGUUUAAGAAAAUUUAGUGUGUCCUGACAAUUUUCUUGAAAAAAUAAGACUCAGAAUU